AUGACUGAAAUUUACGAAAAUGCUAAAAAGGGGGCUGAUUUCAUUGUCAGCAAGUAUCCCGAAAACUUUACUACCCCUAAAGUUGCUAUCAUUUGCGGCACUGGCCUAGGUGGCAUUGCCAAUAUUCUUCACCCCGAUAGUAAAGUGGAAAUUCCAUAUGGAGAAAUUCCAGGGUUCAUGAAAUCAACAGUUCAGGGACACGCUGGAAAAUUAAUUUUGGGCUAUAUUGGAUCAAAUAAAAUUCCCGUAAUCUGCAUGGUUGGCAGAUUUCAUUCAUAUGAGGGUUAUGAUAUUAAAGAUACUGUGUUUCCGGUCCGUGUUUUUACUGUUCUUGGUGUUUCUGUUCUUAUUGCUACCAAUGCUGCUGGAGGUCUUAAUCAAUCAUUUUCCAUUGGAGAUAUCAUGGUAAUCGAUGAUCACAUUAAUAUUCCUGGAUUGGCUGGUCUUCACCCAUUAAAGGGUCACAAUGAUGAACGAUUUGGAACAAGAUUCCAGCCUUUGAGCGACGCUUACGACCAUGAUUUGAGAUUUUUGGUUUACCAAGGUGCAGAGUCCCUUGAAAUUUCUCGAUCCAUUCAUGAAGGAACCUAUGCUUUUGUGUCUGGUCCUACGUUUGAGACUCGCGCUGAAUGCAGAUACUUACAAACAAUUGGCGCUGAUGUUGUUGGUAUGAGUACUGUCCCUGAAAUUAUUGUUGCUAGACAUGGAGGUCUGAGAACACUGGCAAUGAGUCUGGUUACAAAUGUUGCAGUCAUUGACAGACCUCCUAGUGGAAAAGAAAAACUUCCUGAAAAGAAAAUGGAUGAUGGCAUUGCCAGCCACGAAGAAGUUUUAGAAGCUGGAAAAGCUGCAUCCAAAGAUAUUGAGCAGAUUGUUAAAUAUGUUGUGAACAAUCUUUAA